CCAGAGGGAGUAAUGGCCAUUUAUUUCUGGCAGCUCACAUCAAAAUUCUUCCUUGGCAUUUCCGUGGGGAAUGCGCCUCAGUAGUCAAGGUCAAGGCCACGCCUGUUUAUGAGUAUUUGAAGAGACAAACACCGCAAACGGGCACAUCAUCGGGCCUGCCUGCACACAAAAAAACAAAUUCCUCUUACUCGUCCUCUUGAAUUUCACCUGCAAGAUCUGAACUUUCAUCCCUGAAAAAUAUGGGUUCUGAGAAUCGUCCUCUUCACAUAAUCCUCUUUCCCUUCCUUGCCCAUGGCCACAUAAUUCCUGCCAUUAGCAUUGCCAAUUUAUUUGCAGCCAGAGGAGUUAAGGUCACCAUUGUCACCACUCCUCUCAACGCUCCUAUUAUUUCCGAAUCACUUCCAUCCUUCAAUUCUCCCAUUCAUAUCCAAACCAUCGAUUUCCCUUGUGAGCAGGUUGGUUUCCCUCAAGGCUGCGAGAGUAUGAACUCAAUCCCUUCUCCAGAUUUGAUGCGCGCAUUCUUCGAAGCCACUACUCUGCUUCAAGAGCCACUGGAGCAAGUGUUGCAGCAGUCCCUUCCUGACUGUCUCGUCGCUGAUAUGUUCUUCCCAUGGGCCACUGAUUCUGCAGCCAAGUUUGGGAUUCCUGCCAUCGUGUUUCACGGUACUGGUCUCUUCGCCUUGUGUGCUUCCGAAUGUCUCAGACUCUACAGGCCUCACGACCAUGUUUCUUCAGAUUCAGAGCCAUUCGUCAUUCCUAAUCUUCCUGGUGAAAUCACGAUGACGAGGUCGCAGGUGCCAGAUUUUCUCAAAUAUAAUGAAGACACCAUAGUGAGCAGACUGUUGUUUGCUUCCAAGGAAGCGGAGCUUACGUGCUACGGGGUGGUUGUCAACAGCUUCUACGAACUGGAGAAGGACUAUGCCGAUCAUUACAGGAAUGUCCUCGGAAGAAAAUCUUGGCAUAUCGGCCCGCUUUCUCUCCGCGACCGGAAAACAGAGGAAAAAUCAGCAACACAGGAACACGAAUGCUUCAAGUGGCUUGACGCGAAGAAACCCAACUCUGUCGUUUACGUCUGCUUUGGAAGUGUGACGAACUUCCCAGAAUCCCAGCUCAGACAAAUCGCAAUGGGUAUGGAAGCUUCAGGCCAACAAUUCAUCUGGGUCGUGAGAAAACCCAAGAAAGACGAACAACAGCAAGAAGAACGAUGGCUGCCUGAUGCAGGAUACGAGAAAAGAGUGGAAGGUAGAGGGCUGAUCAUAAGAGGAUGGGCACCACAAGGGAAGAUUCUUGAGCACAAAGCAAUCGGAGCUUUUGUGACCCACUGUGGUUGGAACUCAACAAUGGAAUCAGUGUGUGGAGGAGUUCCAAUGGUGACAUGGCCUGUGUAUGCAGAGCAAUUUUACAAUGAGAAGUUGGUGACUGAGGUACUUAAAAUUGGUGUGCCUGUAGGGGUCACAAAAUGGGUGAGAGUGACGGGAGAUAGUAUGAAAUGGGAUGCCAUAGAGAGAGCUGUGAAGAGAGUCAUGGAAGGGGAAGAAGCAGAAGAACUGAGGGACAGAGCAAAGUUGCUGGCUCUGAAAGCAAGAAAGGCAGUGGAAGAAGGAGGUUCAUCCUAUUCCGAUUUAAAUUCUCUUAUCCAGGACUUGAGCGUCCGUCGCCGCCCACCUGAAGAAGUCAAGUAUUAAAAUGCACUUGUGGUGUUCACUUUUGUGUCUGAAUCUCUUUCUGUUCACUUCUCAUCUUUUCUGUGAGAAACAAGCAGACGGUAUCGAAACUCUCUACAGUGUCUAUGAAAUUCGAAUGUAAUUGUGAAUUUUUGUUGCCGUGUCCUUUGCAUCUUGUUUGUCGUACAAUGUCGUGAUAUUUCGUUGUCUCAGUAAGUCAGUAGGUUGGCUUCUUUAUUGUUUUAUCGCGUGUUGGCCAAACCCACGCUGUGGACCGGGGCCUUUUGGGUCUUUGUCUUUUUUAGACCGAAUUACUGGAUGGAAGAUAUUUAUGAUAA